GCGUGGGACAGAGGAGAGAGGGGGUGCGUCUCCAAGUGCGCACGGCGUGAACAGGAACUUUAGGCUUCUUCUGACAAGAGAUACCAAGAAGACUAAAGAAACAAAGAAUGUGCGAGUGACAAGCGGCCGAGACCUCGCAUCAAAGACUGGUUUGACCCCUCGCUGGACUUCAGAAAGCCUCUUCCGACUCCCGACAUCCCACAAUGCCACUGGUCGUGUUGCCCACCUCUCGGCUGCUAUGGGUGCGCGUCGCCGCCCUGCUGUUCACCUGCGUGGCGUUCAGCGUGGCGGCGCACGGGGCCUCGCUGAACCACGGGGGCAUGGCGGACUGGUGCAUCUUCUGCUGGGCGUUCAGCUUCGCCUGCACCCUGCUGGUCCUGCUGGUGGAGCUGUUCGGCCUCCAGGCCCGGGCCCCGGUGUCCUGGACUAACUUCCCCAUCACCAUCGCUUGCUACGCCUCACUCCUCUGCCUCUCCGCCUCCGUCAUCUUCCCACUCUUUUUCCUCAAGGACCAGCGCUUCCUCGGAGAGGUCCGAGACUACCGCAUCGCCGCCACCGUCUUCUCCUGCCUGGCGGCGGUGGCCUACAUGGGGGAGGUGAGCCUGACCAAAGCGAGGCCAGGAGAGGUGGCAGGUUACAUGGCUACGGCUCCCGGGCUGCUGAAGGUGUGCCAGACCUUUGUGGCCUGCAUCAUCUUCAUCCUGGUCAGCGACCCCGUGUCCUACGACCACCACGCGGCUCUCCGGUGGUGCUUGGCGGUGUACUGCAUCUGCUUCAUCCUCUCCAUGGCCGUGGUGGUGCUGUGCGUGGGCGAGUGCACCGGUCACCUCCCCAUCCCUUUCUCCAAGUUCCUGUGGGCUUACGGGCUCCUGGCGGUCAUCAUGUACAUGACGGCGACCGUCAUCUGGCCCGUGUUCCAGUUCGACAAACACUACAAGCGCCGCGGCCAAGCGACGGCCAGGCCGAUCGCCGUGGCGGCGCUCACCGGCCUCAACUUCCUGCUUUACCUCGCCGACCUGGCCUACACGGCCAGACUAGUGUUUGUCAGCGCCUGAGAGGAAAAGAGAUGACGGAGGGGGGAGAUGCACGGAAAUAAAGAUGCAAAGAGGUCGAAUGGCUCUCCAGAAAAAAAGUGUAGCUUUUGUUUAUGACCAAAAAGAGCCCAAACAAUACUCGUCAUGCCUUUUGGUGUCUAUUAGAAUGCUGAUAUGAGAUUUCCUUUGUAUGUGUAUAUCUGCAGUGUUUUACCUCUAAUGCUAAACAACAAGUGUAACGUGAACAAUGUAAAAGUCAAUGCUGUUAAAAUCCAAUGAAGUCAACACACUGGAACAGCAGAAGAGGUUUUUUUGGUUUUUUUGGUGAGAAUAAAUGCAUUUCCUGUAUUUGAGACACACAGGACCCCUGGUUGCCCUCUUCCGAACCUAUAUGAUGUUAAAUGUUUCAUAUCUAUUCUCAUAUUAUAUACUGUACCUAAGAUCUUCUUCGUUGCCAGAGUUUUGCUACAAUUUGUAAAAUGCCACACAAAAAAAAAGUGCCUUCAUCAUUUCAAGUGUUGGUUGUGAAAAGGUAAAGUGUCAGUGUUGAAGCGUUUGAGAAAAUAAAGUUUUCACUUUAACGUGGUGAAAUGCACCGUGA